AUGGCGGACAAGAUCGUACUUGCUGGCUGCUGCCUUCAUAACUUUUUGACCCAAGACACACAGGAAACACAAGAAACUUUGAUGGAUGAAAGCGAGGUGAGCGACGGUAAUGGUUUAGUAGACAUCGAACCGUUAAAUAGAAAUCCAUCUCAAGAAGCUAUUCAAGUUCGUGAAGCAUAUAAAACAUAUUUUGUAAGUCCCCAGGGACAAGUUCCAUGGCAAAUGCAAGCUAUUACACAAGGUAGAACACGGUUUAAUUAA